ACAACCAGAAGGCUGGCGUAGUGUUCAGUGAGUCGGCCGAGGCUGAGCCGUGAAGGUGAGAUGGCCUUCUUCAGUUUUCUGCUAGUCGCGCCACUUCUCUUCUCCCUCGUACUGACCGAGACCGAGCCAGUCUUCCGUGAAAGUUUCGAUCCGGACGCCGGUCCCGCCCUAGACGCCACCACCCAUGUUAAGGAUUCAGUGGAGGAAGUCAGGAAGUUGGAGGGCCAAUGGAUUUUCCUUCAAGGUUUUGCGACUGCAUUUUCCAUGAUAAUUCUAUCCGAAAUUGGAGAUAAAACUUUUUUCAUCGCUGCAGUACUGGCUAUGAAAUAUGCAAGACUGAUUAUCUUUAUAGGAGCAAUAUCAGCAUUGGCUUUGAUGACAAUACUGUCAGUUGCAUUCGGAUGGGUAGCAGCAAUAGUCCCCCGUGUGUACACUCACUACAUAUCUGCUGCUUUGUUUGCAAUUUUUGGUCUAAAAAUGAUAAGAGAUGGAUGGAAAAUGUCAUCGAAUAGAGCAAAAGAAGAUUUAGAAGCAAUACAAACAAGGUUGCAGAAAAAACAAGAAAAGCUGGAGGGAACAGACAAAAAAAGAGAGGUGGAACUGUCAUCUGUCCUUAUGUUAGGGAAAGGAUUGAAAAAAUCAGAUAGUUCGGUGCCAGAUGAAGAGAAUAUUAAGGUGUCGACCGAUAUCAACACUGUUGACGAAGAGACAAUGGAGCCGGUUGAAAAAAAGCCUAAACAUAAAACUAUGUUCCUUGUACCUCAAGUCAUAUUACAAGCCUUUACUCUUACUUUUCUUGCAGAGUGGGGCGAUCGUUCACAGUUGUCUACAGUUAUUUUGGCAUCUAGAGAGAAUAUGUAUGCUGUAACAUUAGGGGCAAUUUUAGGCCAUUCCAUUUGCACUGGUGUCGCAGUUGUAGGUGGACGUAUGUUGGCACAAAAAAUAUCUACAAAAACAGUAAUGCUGAUUGGAGGGAUUGUAUUUUUGAUAUUUGCAAUUUCUACAUUAAUUCUGGAUCCAACAUUUGCAGAAAAAUGAGUACUCUUAACAGAUUUGUUCACUCGCAUCAUUGUUAUAACAACAAAAAGCUGUAUUAAACAAUAAUCAUCCUUAAAUAUUAUUAUCGAAAUUUGUGAAAGUAAAACAUUUUUUGACAGCAUAAUGAUUUUUUUUAAAUAUAUGUGUGUCUAUAUAUAUUAUUGAUACAAUUUGAGACGUUUUAUCAAAUUAUUCUGUUACUAUCAUCACACAAAUAUUUGAUUACAAUGUAUUGUAAUUACAUUGUUUAUAAUUUAGAACAGAAAUUUGUCAUUACCAAUCAUAUUAAUUUGUUUGCAUAAAAAGUUUACACCUUUUGGGCCUGCAAAAAUCUGUAAUUUUUUUAGAUAAGACCUGUAAAAUUUUUGAAAUUAUGAUUAUUUUUAUGUGAAGUUAAAAAAUAGAUCAAGUAAAAUAUUUCUCAAUAUAUAAUUAUUUAGGAACAAAGAAAAAGUAAUAUAUAUAUAUAGAUUAUUUUAAAUUGUAAUGAUAAUCUUUUCAUUAUAUAUCAUUGUAAAUUUGUACAAAUUGUCUAUUAAUAAAUUAAGCAAGGGCUCAUUAAAAUAGUUCAUAACUUUUGUAACAACUAGUUUAAAAUAUUAGUUUUUUAAAGUCUUAAAUCAACUAUAUAGUUUAAAAAAAAACUUUUUCUUGAAUUUUAUACAGUGAAAUAAAAUUCUGUUUUAAAUAAGUGUGACGUAUUAUUUGAAUUAUAUAUUUUAUACAGACAAUUUAUACUGUAAAAUUUCACAAUUCCUUGGCAUUGUAAUCAAACGUUGUUUUCUGAACAACAUUCAAAUGCUAGUCUUUAUUAUUAACAUGAAACGAAUUGUGCCUUUGGGCACUUCAUUUAAUAGUGAUUUUAUAUUUUUUAUAUUAUAUGUGGACUGUUACUUAUUGUUAGUUGUUUUUCAGAGCAAUAACAAUCAUCUAUUUUUAAUGUGUUGCAGACCUACAUAAAUGCACAAUACUUGUUCAUAAUGCAUUUAAGUAAUGAUAUUAUCUAAACCCAUUAGAUGAAAGAAAUAGAUAUUUGAGAGUGAAUUUCCCACAAAAGAUUUACUUUUGAACUAUAAAACUUAUCGGUGAACUAUAAACAAAAAAAAGUUUUAUUGCAUAAAAAAUAUUAUUUGCAUUCCUUUAUUUGAUUUGUAUUUAUUGGAGCAGAUUAUAAUUUAAUCUGUUUAAAAAAAACUCAUUCUUAGAACAAAAAAUGACUUUGACCUUUACUGUUAUCGUAUGUCAGUUUGUAUCUAAUGUACGAUGGAUAAAUAAUUAGAUAAUUUAUCUGUUUGUGGAUGUACAUAUGUUUUAGCUUGAAAACAUCUGUGAUUGAAAAUUUUUUAAUACAAUACUAACUUUUCAAUAAAUAAACAAAAUAAUAAUAAUUGCCGCAACACUACAAGGUUUUACAUGACUAAAAAUAUUUUUGUAUGAAAUGUGCGUACAAAGAUGAUUAUCCUUCUUAAUAAGCCAAUAAUAAAAUUAUUUUUAUAAUUUU